GCCGGGACGCCGGCGCGUCGGUGCCGACGGUCUCCAGGCGGGAGUGAGGAGGAGGAGGAGGAGAGCUUGUCUGGCCCCUUGUGCAGCCAGUGGGAAGAGGUGAGCCGGUGGCCUUCCUCUGCUCCAGCUAGAACCUUUUUGAAAGGACUUCGCUUAACACAGUGCACAGCAGACGAAACAGGUAUAUUGUGGUAGCAGUGUUGCAAUUCAGAGUGACUGCUCCCUGGAAGUGAAUGUCCGCUGAAGAUGUUCAGUAUGAUCUGUGAUGGAACUCAACCGGAUGUAAUUAAUUGUUUAUUGAAAGAAAUCUGCUUAUCUGUUACGCAAGCAAUGGAAAAAGAGAGCAAGUCAUCAGAAGCAAAGGUGUUGCUGCCUCCACUCUUCUGAUUUAAGAGUGCUAUUACAAUUGGGAAAAUUGCACUUUAUCGUCUGUCCGUUGGACUGAAGCAGAUAGAACGGAUGGGAAAAAGUACAGCUCACCACUGAGAUCCACAGACAAGAUUCCCAGACUGCUUUGUUGAAGACAUCUAAAGCAGCACAGCCUGGUGUUUUACUGCUCCCAGUUUUGGAUGCAGAACCCAGAACGUUUCAGUACUGCAGAACGUUUCUGAAGUACUUGGGAAAUGAGUGUUCUUCUCAUUGAAGCCUUUUAUGGUGGUUCCCAUAAACAGCUGAUGGACCUUCUCCAGGAGGAGCUGCGAGAAGACUGUGUCCUCUGUACGCUCCCUGCCAAGAAGUGGCAUUGGAAAGCACGGACUGCUGCUCUUUAUUUCACGCAAACAGUGCCAGCAAGUACUAAUUACAGGAUCCUCUUCGCCAGCUCGGUCCUUAACCUGGCUGAACUCGCCGCCCUCCGCCCUGACCUCGCCAAAUUGAAAAAGGUCCUCUACUUCCAUGAGAAUCAAUUGGUGUAUCCUGUCCAGAAAUGCCAGGAAAGGGACUUUCAGUAUGGAUACAACCAGGUUCUUUCAUGUUUGGUUGCUGAUGUUGUGGUGUUCAACUCUGCCUUUAAUAUGGAAUCCUUUCUUACGUCCAUUGGAAAAUUUAUGAAGCUGAUUCCCGACCACAGACCUAAGGAUUUGGAAAAAAUAAUCAGACCGAAGUGCCAAGUUCUUUAUUUUCCAGUCAGGUUUCCCGAUGUGAGCAGGUUCAUGCCAGAACAUAAGCUUGCCCAUUUGGAAAAGGUAAUUGGUGUUAAAAGCAAUGGAGAUGCUUAUCGAUCGGAGGGUCUGCCCGGCCAGCAGAAGAGCAGAGCUUUAAUGAAAACCAGCGACGCGCGUCGCGAGUCUGGACUUCGUGAAGCCCAGCCUGGACUUUGUACCACCCAGCACGAGGGGCCGCCGUCCCCGUUAACGGCACCGGCGAGAUCGGGCACGUCUGAAGCAUCAGAAAGUACAAAUCCUUGUCAAGAAGAAGAUAAGCAACAUCUGACUUUUAACCUCGGUAACAUCUCGAGUGGACGGGACUAUCAGCAAAGACCUUUGCACGUUGCCUGGCCCCACAGGUGGGAACACGACAAAGAUCCUGAAACUUUCUUUAAAGUCCUGCUGAAACUGAAAGAGAAAGAUCUACCUUUUCACGUGUCCGUCCUUGGGGAGGCUUUCACUGAAAUUCCAGAUAUCUUUGCAGAGGCCAAAAAAGCGUUGGGAUCUUCUGUCUUGCACUGGGGCUACUUGCCCAGCAAAGAGGACUAUUUCCAGGCUCUGUGCAUGGCCGACGUUGUCAUCUCGACAGCUAAACACGAAUUCUUUGGCGUGGCAAUGGUGGAAGCUGUCUAUUGCGGCUGCUAUCCGCUGUGUCCCAAAGCCUUGGUGUACCCCGAGAUAUUUCCAGCUGAAUAUCUGUAUUCCACACCUGAACAGCUUUUUAAAAGGCUUCAGAAUUUCUGCAAGAGACCAGAUAUUGUAAGGAAACAUCUCUAUAAGGGCGAGACGGCUGGCUUCUCUUGGGCAGCGCUCGGCGGUAAAUUCAGGUCUCUGCUCGCAGCAGAACCGAGGGAAGAUUUGUGACAGAUGGGGCUAAGUCACAAACUUGCAGCCUCAGGCAGAAUUGUGGAAGUUUCCAGAGUGUGCCCAUAUUUACCUGAUCAGAGAGAAAAGAAAAUCUGCAGAGGAAGCCGAGCCUGGCUGCUUGUCAUAGCUGACACAGAGCCAUCUGCCACAAACCUGUGGCGGCUUCAGAUCUCCAAUCCCUGCCACCACCCCAGCUCAAAUUAAAUACAGAUUCUUAGAGACGUUAUGAUGGUUACACAUGUCCUCGGCAUCACAUGCAGGAGACUGUUCAAAAAAAAUAUGUGGCCUGUUGUAUAACCGCACUCAUGUAUCCCAUAUGUGGUGCCACAUUGAAUUUCCGGUUGAAUCUGUUUUUAUCCUUUGUACUGGAUGACAUGGUGCCUGAAUUCUUUCUUUUCGCCGCCACGAUGGCAGCCAAGCUGCAGCUUCAAACGCUCACACUUGGCUGAGUUUCUACCUAGGUUGCCAGGUUAUCAUUGGAGCCUUAUUGUGUCCUCAAAGGGCCACAGGGCCUGAAAGGAGGAUCCGAACGCCGCCGGACUAAUUGGGCAGCCAUCUCCGGGUUGUUUGGAGGCAAAGGGCUGCUUUAGCACUUUUUUUUUUUUUUUCCCUUCUUCUUCUUUUUUUUUUUUUUUUUUGCAAAUUAAUGACUCUCUGGCACAGGGGUUUUUAAGUGAAGGUAUUAAUAAGGGGUCUGGCAGGUAAUCCCAUGAUUCGUGGAGUUACAUUUGCAUUUAAUUAAUCUUAAAGAAAGCUGAAAGAUAAACAGCUGUAAUUCAAACUAGCAUGGGAAAUAUGCUACAUGGUGCCAUCUAUCCGAUAAAAUGAAAGCCGAGACACUUGUUUUAUUUCUCUCAAGCAUGGAGAACAAACAGAUAACAGUCAAAAUACUUCCAAUAAAAACCAGUAGUUUCAAUGUAACGGCAGUUCAUCAAGAAUCUUUGCAUCCAGUUACAAAUACAGUCUUUUAAAGAUAAAUCACUUACGAUUCCAGCAGUCAAGCUGCUAUAUUUGUUGAUGUAAAAUGUUUUGAAGAUGUAGAUUGUACAAUAAAUUUUUAAUAAAGUGCCCACUGCAAUUUUUAAUUAGCAUAUCUCAUUCAUGUAUAAGUGUGUACAUCUAUCUGUAUGUUUAUCACUGCGCAUAUCCUUGUGUCAGAGUCAAUGAAUGCAAUUGUGUCUUUAUCUGAUGAAGUAGAAUCUGUUUUGCAAGUGAUAAUAAAACGUUACGACAAUUCCAAGAUUUCCAGCUCCGCUCUGGAAGAAGCAAGAAGGGGACUCUCGGUAAGGCGUUACGAUGUGAAGCCCGGUAAGACCUUUCUUUGCAGGCAGGUAUGGGCCUUUCCCCAUGCCGGCAGGUUGUCACCCAGCAGUAGACGUCAGCAUCUUUCCUUUGACUGAAAGAAAAAGGACCGAAAGUGAGCCGAGACCUUUGUCCGAGCACCGUCCACAGCAGGUGAAAGGCGCGGGCCGGUCCCCCUCCGCACACGUGCCUUCUGAUGCCAUCAAGAUGCUGAACCGUCCUUCUUCAGUGCAGAUGAGAGCACGCGGUACCUCUCUUAAAAAUUACUCCAUUAAGCAGUCAAAAAACCCAAGGGAGAUCCAAGGGUAAGCGUUCAGAUAUUUUCCUAGCAGUGCCGAGUUGUUUUGCAGUAAUCGUCUGCCUUGUAUGGUGGUUCCCCCUCAUUUCAGCUCAGCCGAAGCCCAGCUUGGGUCUGGGCGUUUCAUGUGGUGGAGUAGAAGUGGUCUUCUGCUGGAGAGCAGCUCAGCUGAAAGAGACCUGGGAGUCCUGAUGGACAACAGGAUGCCCAUGAGCCAGCAAUGUGCCCUCGUGGCCAAAAAGGCCAAUGGCAUCCUGGGGUGCAUCAAGAAGAGUGUGGCCAGCAGGU